UUUGCCUUUGGAGUGAACGGGUGUGCAUUGGGUCUGCUCAGAAGGAGCUGUAAGUGGGUCUGUGAGAGUACGUGGACUUAAAAUCUGCUGUUUGAUACAAUCGUGCAGUGGGAGUAUGCUGUUGCUGGCGGCCGUAGCGGUGGCGGUGAGGGUGGCGUCGGCGUCAACCGUGCUCGAAGUGGGCGCCUGUCCCAAUGUCACGACGGUGCCCGACCUCAACCUGCAGGAGUUGACUGGGAAAUGGUACCAUAUACUUCACUUUCCAUCUGAAGACGAGCCUUUCGGCGCCUGCACGCAAUCGCUCUAUAAUUAUACAGAUGGCAACCUGGAGGUGCUUACGGAAGGACUCGACUUCUCCGGAAGUGACAUCAUCAGCGUCGGUGUCCUCGGGAAGCUAAAGGAUUCUCCCUCCGAGGCACUCCAGCUGGAUCUGGACGGAAUGCCGCCGCUGAGCGUGUGGGUGGCGUACACAGACUACACCUCCCUCCUGUGCCUGUACUCCUGCACGGCCUUCCCCGGGCUGCGGGCGGACUGGGCGUGGGCGCUGACCCGCACGAGGCACCCGCAGCCGAGACUCAUGUUGCGGUGCAGGAGUAAACUCAGAAACCUGGGAGUGAACGCGGCGAAGUUCGAGCGGAUUCCACAGAACGAUGUAGUGUGUAAGGAGAACCGGAGUUAGAAGUGCUCGGGGAAAAUAGUAGCGUCCUUCUCCUUUUUUUCCCGUUCUUUUUGUGUUUUGUUAUUAUUAUUUUCAGACAAUUUUCCGUCUCUCUUGUUCUUCUUGUUCUUAUCUUUAUUUCCAGGCAGUUUAUUUUUUAUCCUGUAGUUUCCACGUUCACAAACCUCUGUAUUUUUUGUGUAAUAAAAUUUUG